AACUGGGAUAUCUUUUGAUAUUAUAGUCAAUUCCAGUGAUUAUUUAGACUGAUUUUAAAGGCUUGGAUUUAGAUAGUUGGUACAGAAGAAAAUAAAUAAUUAUUGGCAUCUGCAUAUCUUGAAAACUCUUUCACAUCACAUUUAUCUUAGACUCUUUUAACACAAUCUAAUAACUCACUAGUCUUUCAGUUCACUUGUGUGCCAGGAUUCAAUUUGCAAAAAACUGCUCCAAUUGUCCCCAGUGCUAUCUUGGAAUCUUCUGCAGCAUAAUGGCAAAGUAAAUUCUCUUGGAUAAUUUGGUUACUUAUGGCAUUAAUUCAACAACCACCAACUAACUGCAACUGAUUUAAAUGACAUGGGCUCUCACUUAUCUAACGUGUGUAAUAAAUAAUGAUAAAUAAUACAUUCAAAUUGUUAAAACUAGGUGAGGGUUGUUCUAUAUACAGAAGACCAAUUUAGAGGUGGUGGAAACCAUUCGGCUCACCGGUGAUCCUCUGUUCACUAAUGAGCCCAGGCUUAUGGCACCAAAGGACAGGAAGCCAAGAAAUGUUUAGGGAGGCUGCAGUAAAUACAAAGGCUGAACUCCUAAGGAAAAAUUCCAAAAAACAAAACAUUUAGUUCACCUCAUGGACAUUCAGAUCUCUUAAAUGGGAGGGACCUGAUCACAACAAGAUCGUGGAGACUUCCUCUUCCCAACUUUCAAGAAACCAUCAGCAACACAUGAAACAAACCAUUUUAAAGGUUCGGCAGAAGAACCAACUGUAGUGGAUGGCCAGUGAAGCCUGGACAUCAGGCACUUCACGUGAGAUGGUCCCAACUCAUGCCUUACCUGGGUGGAACAUUGGGCAUCGCUAUUCUUUGAGGAGAAUGGAGGAGAAAUGCCAGGGCUCAGGGGCUUCCUGUUAAAAAUAUGUGACCAGCCACGAGCAAACCAGCAACAAGUCAGCCCAGCACAAAAAACCCAAGAAGUGUGUAAACUACUGAAUAUGACAGCUAUAACCUCCAGGUUAAAGCCCCUGUGAAACAUGAGAGUGAGAAAGGAAAUAUCCGCACUACUAGCCAAUGUGUUAUUUUUUGUUUUUAAUAGUAUUGUGUGAUUUGUUUUUGUUUCUAAUGGAUCAUAACUACUUGUGGCUAUUUGCUGUGAGUUCUGCUGGUAAUUUGAUAACAUCAAACUAGGUCCUUUGGUAUUGUUGUGAGUGAGAGACUCCUACUGGCAGAAACCACAUACUUUGAGAUGUGUUUUAGGCCCUGCCUCCAAUUCCUCUGAACUGAUGGGUGGUGUGCAAAAGUAAACGAUACUGCAAAUGCAUAAAAUAUGGUAACAUUGGCAUAACCCUGCACUUAGACAGGGAUGAACCCAAGCAAAGUCAUGAGGAAGUUUUUAAACAACAAUUUGCUCUUGUUAAUUUUGUUCUCCUGCUUUUCCUCUGCUAUGUUCUCUCUUUAUUCCUCCUCUUGUAAAUUACAGGGACAGUUUCAUCUAAAUGGGAUGCACAAACCUGGAGAUGUGAUUCUAGGUGGAAUUUUCAGAUUCCACUUCUUUCCUGCUGAUCCUGACCUGUCUUUUACCUCAGAGCCACAACAGCCUGACUGCUACGGUUUUGAUAUUAUAGGAUUCAGGCAGGCUCAGACCAUGGCCUUUGCUAUUGAUGAGAUCAACAGAAACUCCAACCUGCUGCCUAAUGUAACUCUGGGAUACAGUCUGUAUGAUAACUGCAUCCAACUAGGAAUUGGAUUUCGUGCAGCACUGACCUUGGUCGGUGGUCAAGAAAAGCAAGUUACAUUAGAGGAGAACUGUUUAGGAACUCCUCCAGUCCUAGGGAUUGUGGGUGAUUCUUCUUCUACACGUACUAUUGCCAUAUCCACAGUCUUAGGUUUGUACAGAGUGCCUCUGGUGAGUUAUUUUGCCACAUGUUCAUGCCUGAGUGAUCGACAAAAAUUCCCGUCUUUCUUUAGGACAAUCCCGAGUGAUGCUUUUCAGGUGAAUGCUAUGAUUCAGAUUUUAAAACACUUUAAUUGGACCUGGGCGGGUCUGAUUGUCAGCGAUUCUGAUUAUGGAUUCCACGCCGCCCGGUCCUUUCACUCUGAUCUGGGUCCAGCUGGUGGAGGUUGUCUGGCUUACACAGAGAUUUUGCCCCGUGUUUACGACCCUGUUGAACUAAGGAGAAUAGUGGAUGUGAUGAGGAAAUCUACAGCUCGGGUGGUGAUUGUGUUUGCACAUAAGAGAAUCAUGUUCAACCUUAUGAAAGAGGUGGUGAGGCAGAAUGUGACAGGCCUACAGUGGAUGGCCAGUGAAGCCUGGACAACAGGCUCUUCACUCCAGACGCCCCACCUCAUGCCGUACCUGGGUGGAACAAUGGGCAUUGCAAUUCGUCGUGGAGGAAUGCCAGGGCUCAGGGACUUCCUGUUACAAAUACGUCCUGACUUACAUUACAACACCACCAUCGGAAAUAGCGUGGUAAAUCAAUUUUGGGAACACACAUUUCAGUGUAGAUUUGCACCACCUUCCGCAAGUUGGGUGGAAGCUGGAGGACAAUUAUGCACUGGACAGGAAGUUAUAGAGAAUGUGGAGAACGAUUUCUUGGAUAUUUCAAACCUCAGGCCAGAGUAUAAUGUGUAUAAGGCUGUGUACGCUCUGGCGUAUGCUCUUGAUGACAUGCUGCAGUGUGAGCCAGGGAGAGGACCUUUCAUCAACAACACCUGUGCUCAUUUACAAAGACUGGAGCCAUGGCAGCUUCUCCAUUACAUGGAAAAAGUCAACUUCACAACAACAUUUGGUGAUCAAGUGUCGUUUGAUGAAAAUGGUGAUGCCUUACCAAUAUAUGACAUCAUGAACUGGGUGUGGCUCCCGGAUGGAAGAACCAAAGUUCAGAGAGUGGGUGAGGUUAAGAGGUCAGCCUUCAAAGGUGAAGAACUCACACUGGAUGAAGACAAAAUCUUCUGGAACUUUGAAUCCAAACAGCCUCCUCGGUCAGUGUGCAGUGAGAGCUGUCCUCCAGGUACCCGCAUGGCCAGAAAGAAGGGGGAACCUGAGUGUUGUUUUGACUGUGUCCCUUGUUCUGAGGGAAAGAUCAGCAAUACAACUGACUCCAUGGAGUGCACCAGUUGUCCGGAAGACUUCUGGUCCAGCCCCCAGCGUGACCACUGUGUUCUUAAGAAAACAGAGUUCCUCUCCUACCAUGAGCCUCUGGGUAUCUGCUUAACAACCACCUCACUGUUGGGCACAUGUAUCUGUGUUGUUGUUCUGGGCAUCUUCAUCCAUCAUCACAGCACACCUAUAGUUCGUGCCAACAAUUCAGAACUCAGUUUCCUUCUUUUGGUGUCGCUCAAAUUGUGUUUCUUGUGUUCAUUGCUCUUCAUCGGACGACCCAGAACGUGGACUUGUCAACUAAGACAUGCAGCAUUUGGCAUCAGCUUUGUGCUUUGUGUCUCAUGUAUCCUAAUGAAAACCAUGGUGGUUCUGGCUGUGUUCAGGGCCUCCAAACCAGGAGGGGAGUCCAGUCUGAAGUGGUUUGGUACGGUGCAGCAGAGAGGGACAGUUCUGGUUCUGACUUCUGUUCAAGCAGCAAUCUGCACUGUCUGGCUUGUCUCUGCUUCACCAAUGCCUCAUAAAAACACCCAGUAUCACAGUGACAAGAUAGUUUAUGAGUGUGUAGUUGGGUCCACAGUUGGUUUUGCAGUUUUACUUGGUUAUAUUGGUUUACUGGCUGUCCUCAGUUGUUUGUUAGCUUUUCUAGCAAGGAAUCUUCCAGACAGUUUCAAUGAGGCCAAACUCAUCACUUUCAGCAUGCUGAUCUUCUGUGCAGUGUGGGUGGCCUUUGUCCCUGCUUACAUCAGCUCACCAGGCAAAUAUGCAGAUGCAGUAGAGGUAUUUGCCAUCCUUGCCUCCAGUUUUGGCCUCUUGGUGGCGUUGUUUGGACCCAAAUGUUAUAUAAUCCUGUUGAGACCAGAGAGAAACACAAAGAAAGCCAUCAUGAGUAGAAAUUCUGAAUCAUGAAAACAGCACAGGAUGAUACUAUUCAGUUAUCUUUCAAUAAUCCAAUAAUCCAAUAAUCCAGGUACAUGAUAGUAUGUUCGUAAUGAUAUCAAUGUUGUGUGAUUAAGGAAAAACUUUGAUGGUUAGUAUGUUGAUGAUGAUAUCAAUGUUGUGUGAUUAAGGAAGAACUUUGAUGGUUAAGACAUAACAUAUAGUAAUGUGUGAAUGUAUGUCCUGGUGACCUUGGAGAGACAGUCAUCACAUGCCUUUAGUCCAGGUUAAUACAAUUUGACUGGUAGAUAUUUCAGGCCAGACUUUUUAAUCAGGUUUAUGAAAUCCCAAACAGAUUCUACAAUUUUUAAACUUUUUCCUCUUUGUGUGUGAUGGUGAUACAGGCAGAUAUGGUGAAGGGAAGUAUCGUCUUUCCUUUUAAUCUUGAGGUCUGAUACAGGUUUUUGUAUCAAUCCCUUAAUAAAGUCAUUUUCAUCAUUAA